GUUUCUGCUUUAAGUAUCUGCACUGGAUAGCCUAUCUUUGCGUACGUGAACGCACCCAAGACACAAUGUCAAACACAAAAAACAGCGACUACUCAUACUCACUACUGAACUUAAACAAAAGUAGUAACACUGGAACUACAACUAGUUUUCAUUUACUAAGUUUAGGUUGAUUUUUUUAAAGGAAAAGAAAAAAAUACGUCUCUUAUGAAUUCUUAUGUCCUAAUGUGUAUCAUUAAAUGAGUCCAUGUCAAUUAAAAACAGAAGAUAAUUCAAAAGAAUCGAAGCAUUCCAAAAACAUAUAUUAUUUCGUUGAACAAAUAUUCAAAAACUAGUAUUAAAUCAGUCGAGACUUCAUGCAGACUAAAUGGAACGUUUAGUUUAUAAUUUCAAUUAAUUACGAGUAUCCUUAUCGGAUAAUUUGGUUUAGAAACUACUUCAGUGCAUAUAAAUACUUGUAAAGUGUAACCAACAAAGAGCUAGCUAAUGCUAAAAUGAUUAACGAUGACCAGAAACUUUUGGAGCGUGCGAUUGAGGAAAGGGAAAGACUUUUUCAUCGCUAUGUUUUAGGAACCGAUCCCAGCAAUGAAGUUGACGAAUGGGAAAAUCCCUGCUUGGAUAUUUAUCAUAAGACGGACAAAUUUGGUUUCAUGCAUGAUUCGCCUUUACCAGACAUACACGAUUCACACGAAGUCAAACGAACGAAAAUUGAACUCGAACGGGACAAAAAAUGGAUGCGAAUGCUACAACAGUGGGACCCCAACAAUGAAAAGCUACGAAAACGUGUGUUUAAAGGAAUUCCAAACAGAGUUAGAUGGCUAGCCUGGAAAAAGCUUCUUAAUGUCGAAGAGUCCAUGAAAAAAAAUCCUGGUAUAUAUUCCCAAAUGCUGGAAUGGGCAAGAAAAUACUCUACUGAAGCUAGACAAAUUGACUCAGAUGUAAAUCGACAAUUUAGAGAUAAUGAAGUUUAUAGAAAACGUUAUAGUGUCAAGCAGCGUAGUCUGUUUAAUUUACUCAAUGCGUACAGUAUAUAUAAUUCUGAGCUAGGCUACUGUCAAGGCAUGUCAGGCGUUGCUGGCGUACUACUUCUUUUUAUGGAUGAAGAAGAAGCCUUUUGGGCACUCAAUACACUGAUUAUCGAUAAAAAAUAUGCUAUGCAUGGAUUAUUUAUUGAAGGUUUUCCAAAACUUACGCGAUUUCUCGAACACCACGAUCGCAUUUUGGCUAAGUUGAUGCGAAAACUUCAUAAGCAUUUUGUGAAACAUAAUGUUGAUGCAAUUUUAUAUUCCAUUAAGUGGUUCUUCGUUAUUUUUGUUGAAAGGAUUCCAUUUAGUUUAAGUAUCAGAGUUUGGGACGUGUAUCUUCUAGAGGGAGAACGUGUAGUUACUGCCAUGGCUUAUACAAUUCUAUAUCUACACCAGUCUGAGCUUUUGAGAUUAAAAGAUAUGGAUGCAAUUAUCGAGUAUUUGCAGGUUAAAUUACAUAAAAAUUUUGGAUAUAACGAUGAUUAUGUAAUGGAAGUACUCGAACAUGCAAUGAAGAAGUUAAAGAGCUAUAGACUUGAUGUACCACCAGCACCUAAAUCUAUAGAGUUUCCACAAAAACCAUUAGGCCAGUUGAUUGAACCCGAAUUUGAAAAGAAAGUCGGACAUAGAAGGUCAGAGUAUACAGAGAAUGAAAGACAAGUCAUUAAUGAUGUGAUAUCCAGGCAAGAAGCAAAUGCAGUUGAAGUACAAUCCACUGUUUCCUAUGAAACUUCUGAAUGCGCUACUGCGAAUCCAAAUAAUCAGUGACUUGGAGUCGCGAGUGAAGCGGUUUGAUUUAAAGAGUCGAAAAAUCCAGUUCAAAAUCAGACCCAUUCCAGAAAAAGAGGAACCAACGUCAUGGAUUAGAGAAGCAGUGAACGACAUGUUUAAACAUGCGCUAACAGGUCUUAGCCCUGAAGAUAAAGUGGGAAUCACUUUUAGCGGUAAGAGUUUUGCAGCUGAACGAGGAAACGGGUGGAUCAAUUUUAAGGAUUGCUCAAAUUUGAAAUUCAGCGAUGUAUGGGAAAUGAUUUCGAAGAUCUUUCAGAGCAAUUCGGAAGGAAAAAGCACCGAUGAUUUUUCUCUCACCAUAACGUCGGUUAAACUCCCUUCAGGAAAAGGAAAAACGCAAAGUGGAAAAUACAAUACAUUCACUGAGGAAUGUAUAAAACGCCGAGGAAUAAUAAACAUAGAAAAUAAUGACAAUUUGUGUUUGCCUCGAGCCCUAGUUGUCGGCAAAGUAUAUGUAGACAACGAAAACUACCUUAAGGUGAAAGUCAUCGGAAAAAUUCAAACCCAAAAAGCCCUUAAACUUGUAUAUGAUGCACACAUAACUGUACCGGCUGAAGGUUGUGGAAUUCCGGAGUUAAAAAUAUUUCAAAAUCAUUUGAAGGAAUAUAAGGUGACUGUGUACGAGUAUGGAUCAAAGGGGCAGAAGGUGAUAUUUGAAGGAUUUCCCACUCAAAAUGGCAAAGAAAAAAAAAAAGUAUUAAUUUACUAUAUAAUGACAAUCAUUUUAAUGUAAUAACGUCGUUAACUGCAGCAUUUUGUUGUGGCUAUUAUUGCGAAGAGUGUCAUAUUCCAUAUAAUUCAAAAAAUCAACAUAAAUGUCAAAGAUCUUGCCCGCAAUGCCAAAACACACCAAGUUGUUCCAGAAAUGAAAAAGAAGUUUUAUGUAAGGACUGUAAUCGAAACUUUAGAGGAAAAAGCUGUUUCGACACUCACAAGGCGAGUAAUUCAACAGGUAAAAAUUCAAUUUGCGAGCAAAUGAAAAAAUGUAUUUUAUGCCUUAAAACAUACGGAGCAACUCGUCAACAUAUCUGUGGUGAAUACUUCUGCAAAAUGUGCAGUAAGCAUGUAGAAAAAGAACAUAUGUGCUAUAUUCUCCCUGAUAACAGGAUACCCGCAUAUAAAGGAAUCCUGUACAUCUUUUAUGAUUUUGAGAGUCGACAGGAAAAAGUAAUAGGAGAAAAAAUGUUAACCAUUGGAAGCGAAACAUCAGUAACUCCAGUAAAAAUGCAUGUACCGAAUUUGUGCGUUUUUCAACAAAAGUGUGAUCAAUGUUUUGAUGUUCCAAAUUUGCACUUUUGUCAAAAGUGUAAUUUAUCGCUUAACAUCAUUAAGGAAGAAGAAGAUAUAGAAGGAAAUGUUGUGGCUAAAUUCUUGAAACACAUACUUAAUGUUCGGCAAAAGUUUAAAAAAGUAAUUGUAAUAGCACAUAAUGGGCAAUCAUACGAUCAUCAAUUUCUGUUAAAUUACAUAUUGGAACAAACAAAUUUAACCCCACAAUUAAUAAUGCGAGGCAGUAAAAUUAUAUUAAUGGAAAUUGCAAAUGUCAAAUUCCUAGAUUCGCUAAAUUACUUUCCGAUGGCUCUGUCAAAACUACCAAAAGCGUUUCAACUUUCACCCGUUUUUAAAAAAGGAUAUUUUCCCCAUUUCUUCAAUACAAAAGAAAAUGCUAAAUAUAUUGGAAAACUCCCUGCAAUGGAAUAUUACAGCCCUGAUUCAAUGAAAACUGAAGAUCGAGAUGAAUUUUUAAAAUGGUAUGCAGAGCAUCAAUACGAUAAUUUUGAUAUGGAGCGUGAUCUAGUGGAAUAUUGUAUUAGCGAUGUUAAAAUUUUGACUGAGACUUGCCUAAAGUUUAGACAACUGUUCCUAAACCAAAGCAAUGUUGAACCAUUUUUGGAAGCAACAACAAUAGCAUCAGCUUGUAACCUUGUGUACAGGCGCAACUUUCUUCAACCAAAUACUAUUGGACUUAUACCCAAAAACGGAUAUAGGUGUGUAGAUAAUCAAUCCACACCUGCAAUCAAAUGGUUGAUUUGGGAGCAAAAAAAGCGAAAAAUUGAUAUCAAGCAUGCCGCUAAAGGAAGAGAAGCAGUUAUAAAUGGAGUUAAAGUUGAUGGUUUUUGUGAAGAAACCAAACAGAUUUUCGAAUUUCAUGGUUGUUUUUAUCACGGUCAUCCUGCUUGUUUAAAACAUACACGUGACGAACCUCUUUCAGAAGACAAAUACGACACCCUGAACCACAGAUAUGAGAGAACUUUAGCCAAAACAAAACGAUUAAGAUCAUUUAAUUACGAAGUAAUUGAAAUGUGGCACUGUGAAUUUCAGACUCUACAAAAAUAUUUAAAUGAUGAAGAACUAGAUUUCUUAAAUAAUCACCCGUUAAUACAAAACACACCUUUGAAUCCUCGCGAUGCUUUCUACGGUAGUCGGACAGGAAACACAUUUAAUUACUACAAAUGUAAGGAAGGAGAAAAAAUAAAAUACAUAGACGUAUGUUCUCUUUACCCAUGGGUUUGUAAAAAUGGUAAAUUUCCUAUUGGUCACCCAAAAAUUCACACAGCCAGCGAUGAAAUUUGCUCUAAUAUGAAACUCGAAGGUGUAAAUGGCCUUGUUAAAUGCAAAAUACUCCCCCCAGAAAAUUUAUUCCAUCCGGUUUUACCCAUGAAACAAAAUAAUAAGCUGAUGUUUUCCUUGUGUAGAGCUUGCAGUAGUGAAAGAACAAAUCUGCACUAGUUCUGAUGACGAAAGAGCAUUACUUGGAACUUGGGUGUUCGAAGAAGUUGUAAAAGCUGUUGAAAUGGGAUAUCAGUUACUUGCUGUUUUAGAAAUUUGGGAAUAUGAUGUGACUCAAUAUAAUCCAAAUACAGGUUCUGAUGGUCUUUUUACACGUAUGAUGAAUACUUAUCUAAAAAUAAAACAACAAGCAUCAGGAUGGCCGAGUACAUGCAUGUCUGAAGAAGAUAAAAACAAAUAUGUUGCUGAUUUCCUAGAUAAGGAAAAUAUAGACUUAGAAUUUACUGAAAUUGAAAACAAUCCGGGAAAAAGAUCACUAGCCAAACUAAUUUUGAACUCUUUUUGGGGUAAAUUCGGCCAACGGGAAAAUCAACAAAAGACUUGCAUUUUGAAUAAACCUUCAGAUCUGUUUCUAUUACUUACUCAUCCUUCUAUUAGUCUAUUUAAUAGACCCGAGCUCCAGAGCAAAAAUAGAACAAAUUCGUUCAAGACUUUUUAUUGGCGAUCAUGAUUCCUUGGCAUACAAGAAUACUCCAGCCAAAAGUGCUACUAAAUCCAUUGGUGCAUUUCUGAGAAAACGGCAACACUGGUCGGUUUUCAGUUUUUUUGAUUUAACUCGAAAACCAAGCCUGACUUUGAAAUGGUUCAAAGACACUUUUCAUCGCAAAUAAAAUUUUCUGUCAAGUUAAGAUGGUUAAAAAAUUUUAAAAAUUAUUUUUGACUAAAAUUCUAACCUAAAAUCAAAGAAAAAAAAGUUAAAAAAUUGACAAUUUUAAUUUUUUUUACUAAAUCAAGGGGCAUUUUGUGUUUGUAGCCGGGACAUCCAAACUUUGUACUAAUGAAAUAAAGUAGAGGUAAAAUCCUUUGAUAAUUUGCAAUUUUUAAUUUUUUUUGUCAAGAAACAACUUAAAUGUACCUAUUCAUAAAUUAGCACUUUUUCUAAAUUUUUGACUUUUUUAGUUAAAAGCAAGUUUUUAAAACUCGAUAAAAUCGUAUUAAUUGGUAACUUUUAGACUUUUAAAGUAAACAUACUUCGAGGGAUUGAUUUAAGGGGUUAUAUCUAGUUGUAAGUGCAAAAAAAAUCUUCUUUUUUGUGGAUUUUUUGUAAAGACUCAUUUAAUUAUAUAAACCUAAAGAAUACAUAUCCCUAUAGCAAAUUUAAUGUAUAAAAAGAAUUCGCUGUGUAUUUAAAAAAAUAUUGGGUUCCGUUAUUUUUGUAGUAGAUCUCCUAGACGACCUCCAAAAAAAAAUGUGUCUGGCGGUGAGCACGAUUACUCCGGAACGGCUGGACCGAUCGGCUUGAAAUUUUUACUGAAUUUUCUUUGAUACUUUUGUCAGGUAAUGAACGAAGGAAAAAGGUUUUUGACAAUAAUUGGAUUUUUUAUGCCAUUUUAAAGUGUAAAUUUUCGUGAAAAAAACUAUUUUUGUCUUUGAGAAGCCGCCAUUUUGUCAAAAAUCAAAAUUUUGACUAUUCCUUCGUUCAUUACCUGCAUUUGUCUAUCCUGGAAAUGAAUAUUUUGGAUUUUUCAAUUUUAGGUGAUUUGUAUCAGAGAUAUCUUGCUCACCGCCAGACAGCUUUUUUUGGAGGUCGUCUAGGAGAUCUACUACAAAAAUAACGGAACCCAAUAUUUUUCUAAAUACACAGCGAAUUAUUUUUAUACAUUAAAUUUGCUAUAUGUACAUGUAUUCUUUAUGUUUGUAUAAUGAAAUGCCUCUUCACAAAAAAUCCGCAAAAAAUAACGUUUUUUCGCACUUACAACUAGAUAUAACCCCUUAAUAUAAACUAAAUAUGACAAACAAAAAAAUUAAUUUGCAUCCUUAUGGCCUUUUGUGCAAUUUUGUGUAUGUGCAUUUUUAUAAAUACGGGUCGAAUGGAUGGACGGAGAGCCAUUAGCUUUGGUCUAUUGCAUAGAAGAACAUUUAAUACCAACUCUUUUGCUGUUUUCAAUGGCCUGAAAAACAAUUCUUGUAAAAUCCGCGACCAACGAAAAGUUUCUCUUGAAAAACGAAAAAAAUACUCUAAUGAGUUUGAAACAAAAUAGCUCAGGCAAAUUAUUAAAUCAAAUUGCAUUUUUCGCGGGACAAAUUUUUUUCAUGGAACGUGUUUAGGUGAAUGUCCUUAUCGUAAAAGUGAAUUUUUUGGGAUGAUUAGAUAUCGAGAGCAGCCGCCAUCUUGGAAAAGAGGUCGGUGCCGUUUUUACUUUAUAACUCCAUUUUUACUCAUUUAAACCAAAAAUGUCCGAGGAUAGACUUAUUAUCAAUUAAAUUAUCUAAAAAAUGAUAUACAAAUGAAUUCCGUGAGUUAGUUAAAUUCAAUUUUAUAGUCGGUCAAAGUCCGGGUUCUUCUCGCAAGGUUAAGACAAUAUGACAUUUUUUCAAAUAUCUGAAGAACUUUUUAUUUGUUUGGGAUUUUCUUAAAGAAUGAAUUAUAGUACUUUUAAUUUUCUAUAAAAUGAGCCCUUUAUCGUUACUGUAACCAACAUAAUGUAUAAGCCAUCUAACGUCGAAGUUCACAUUCUACUAGUCAAAAGUGAGAAAAUAACAAGUUUUCUUCUAUUAGACCGAGCAAAUUUUUGAAGUGGAGGUAUAACCAAAAUAUAAGUAAACAGUUUUUUAACUAUAUUCGUCUAAAUAUUGAAUUCAAAGUUUGAAAUCUUUAAUGUUAACCUUUAUAUGGUUUUCGAGGCUUUAAAUGAAGUGAAUUUUCCAAUUAAUGUGAAUUAGCUAAAGUGACACUAUUUAAAAUUCUAAAUAUAAGAACUGAUGCCCUGUCAUUUUUCCUAAACAUGAACACCUCAAUCUCAGCAUUACGAUAAGUAUAACUCAAGAUAUGAGGUGUGUAAGCCGUUAUGUUUUCGAGACUGUUGCGUUAAAUUUUUGAUUGUUUAUUUGAACUAUUGAAAUCCCAAAUAUGUUCAGUUAAAAAAUCGUAUAUCAUGACUUCGACGUUUGGUUGCUUCUUCAAUGUGAUGGUUACAAAAACAAUAAAGGGUUCAUUUCAUAGAUAACACGGUGUUACAAAAAUGAGGUUUUAAAAUAUACGCGGGCGGAGACCUAUCAGGUUUUGUAGAGCUAGUCGCACUGAAUACGAAACGGUAUUUGAAAAUCCCCUAACACCCCCAAAAUCUGGAGUUACGGGCAAAAAACGGUUUUUUGGACCUUCACCAUUGAAAAAAUUCUAGCUUCGACAAUUUUUUACCCAUUUUCGAUUUUUGUAUAGUUUCUGAUAGAAGAAAAAUAUACCUUUUUAACAAUGUAUAAAACAUGUAACUCGAUUAAACCACUUAGAAUUUAUAAGAUGUCAAAGUUCAAAAUUUCAAUUUUUUUUGUCAUUUGCCCAACUUCGGCAUCAAUUUAAAGUAUAUGUUUUCAAAACAACAUGCUAUUUAAAAAAUAUAUUCUAAAACUAUAUCUAUUUCCCAACUAAUCGAGGUAUUUUUUAUGAAAAUCACUUCAAAAUUGGCUUAGAAAAAAAAAUUUUUCGAUUUCAACCCAGAUACAGGAAUUCAAACUUUUAGGUAUAGAACAAAAAUGUUGUUUCGGCACGUAGAAGGAUAAGUUGGACGCCAGGAUUUGAUCAAAAGUUUUUGUAGAGGAGCUCAAUACAAACAUUUUUUUUUUAAGAGGGGGGUCUAUCUCCCCCCGUUUAGGUGGAAGGGGCAUUUUUCUAAAAAAAAAUUAUCAAAAUAAAAAAAAAUUAUUAAAAAACAACGGCAACACUUACAGUAAUAAAUAAUACCAUUUCCAAAAGGCAAAAUUGUGCAUUUGAUUCUAAUUUUUAAAUCAAUAUAAUAUUACCAAUAGUUUUUGAAAUAAUCGAUUUCAAAGUUAAAAAUAGGGGAAAAAAAUUUUUGAAAACUCAUUUUAUACUAUUUUUGUCCAGACUGUGAAUUUUAGUAAAUAAAUUACUUAGACAGAAAACUGCCUCAAUUAAUUCCUUAUCGAACAGUGAAAACUAUAUGUUUCUAUGUCUUCUAGUUUUCGAGAAAAUUGAAAAAUAAAAACAAAUAAGAACAAAAAAUAUUUUGAAAAAAGAAAAAUCUGAUAAAAUAAUUUUUCAAUAUAUAGUUUAUGAAUAUAUUUUUUAAAUAGCAUGUUGUUUUGAAAACAUAUACUUUAAAUUGAUGCCGAAGUUGGGCAAAUGACAAAAAAAAAUUGAAUUUUUGAACUUUGACAUCUUAUAAAUUCUAAGUGGUUUAACCGAGUUACAUGUUUUAUACAUUGUUAAAAAGGUAUAUUUUUCUUCUAUCAGAAACUAUAAAAAAAUCGAAAAUGGGUAAAAAAUAGUCGAAGCUAGAAUUUUUUCAAUGGGUGAAGGCCCAAAAAACCGUUUUUUGCCCGUAACUCCAGAUUUUGGGGGUGUUAGGGGAUUUUCAAAUACCGUUUCGUAUUCAGUGCGACUAGCUCUACAAAACCUGAUAGGUCUCCGCCCGCGUAUAUUUUGAGUGUUACACCGUGUAAUUAAAAGUGCUAUAAUUCAUUCUUUAAGAAAAUCCCAAACAAAUAAAAAGUUCUUCAGAUAUUUGAAAAAAUGUCAUAUUGUCUUAACCUUGCGAGAAGAACCCGGACUUUGACCGACUAUAAAAUUGAAUUUAACUAACUCACGGAAUUCAUUUGUAUAUCAUUUUUUAGAUAAUUUAAUUGAUAAUAAGUCUAUCCUCGGACACUUUUGGUUUAAAUGAGUAAAAAUGGAGUUAUAAAGUAAAAACGGCACCGACCUCUUUUCCAAGAUGGCGGCUGCUCUCGAUAUCUAAUCAUCCCAAAAAAUUCACUUUUACGAUAAGGACAUUCACCUAAACACGUUCCAUGAAAAAAAUUUGUCCCGCGAAAAAUGCAAUUUGAUUUAAUAAUUUGCCUGAGCUAUUUUGUUUCAAACUCAUUAGAGUAUUUUUUUCGUUUUUCAAGAGAAACUUUUCGUUGGUCGCGGAUUUUACAAGAAUUGUUUUUCAGGCCAUUGAAAACAGUAAAAGAGUUGGUAUUAAAUGUUCUUCUAUGCAAUAGACCAAAGCUAAUGGCUCUCCGUCCAUCCAUCCGUAUUUAUAAAAAUGCACAUACACAAAAUUGCACAAAAGGCCAUAAGGAUGCAAAUUAAUUUUUUUGUUUGUCAUAUUUAGUUUAUAUUAAAUCAAUCCCUCGAAGUAUGUUUACUUUAAAAGUCUAAAAGUUACCAAUUAAUACGAUUUUAUCGAGUUUUAAAAACUUGCUUUUAACUAAAAAAGUCAAAAAUUUAGAAAAAGUGCUAAUUUAUGAAUAGGUACAUUUAAGUUGUUUCUUGACAAAAAAAAUUAAAAAUUGCAUAUUAUCAAAGGAUUUUACCUCUACUUUAUUUCAUUAGUACAAAGUUUGGACGUCCCGGCUACAAACACAAAAUGCCCCUUGAUUUUGUAAAAAAUAUUAAAAUUGUCAAUUUUUUAACUUUUUUUUCUUUGAUUUUAGGUUAGAAUUUUAGUCAAAAAUAAUUUUUAAAAUUUUUUAACCAUCUUAACUUGACAGAAAAUUUAAUUUGCUAUGAAAAGUGUCUUUGAAUCAUCUCAAAGUCAGGCUUGGUUUUCGAGUUAAAUCAAAAAAACUGAAAACCGACCAGUGUUGCCGUUUUCUCAGAAAUGCACCAACAGAUUUAGUAGCACUUUUGGCUGGAGUAUUCUUGUAUGCCAAGGAAUCAUAAUCAGCAAUAAAAACUCUUGAAUGAAUUUGUUCCAUCCAAAAGGGUCUAUUCAAUAGACUUUAUUGAAGUUUUGUAUAUAUUACCAAUUAAUGAAGACAAUAUUGUGGUUAAUUUUGAGUUGAAAGAAGAAGCCGCUGACUCUCUUCCUGCUGUUAAUGUUUGUAUUGCCUCUUAUACAACAACACAAGCACGUCUAAAAUUGUACACUUACUUAGAAAAUUUUAAAGAAAGAGUUCUCUACUAUGAUACUGACUCUGUUAUCUAUGUAAGUUGUCAAGGAGAUAUCGACCCACCUACUGGGGAAUUUAUUGGUGAUAUGACUGAUGAGUUAGAGUAUUUCCCGUCAUAGGACGACCUAUCCACGUCAUUAUACCAGUUGAAAGCUAUAUUUUCCUAAGGGUAGUGUCUAAAGAAACAGUUUGCACAUGGGUUGCCUAGCGAUAUCCUGUCAAGGCAUAGGGUUGCCAGGCCUUAAAGUUUAUUUUUCAGUAUUUUUGAAUACGCGACCCUGCUUAUACCCAAAGCCAAAGAGUUAUAAAAAAAAAUAUUAUGUCACAGGAAAUUUUAUUUGAAAAUUUUAAUUUUCAGGAUUUUUUAAAAUUUGAAGUUUGAGUAGGGUAAACAAAGGUGAGUUUAGAAAAUGGGCAGAAAUCUAUUUUCUAAACAAAACGUGAUAGAAAUAAAUUUGAAAUUGGAAUCGAUAGAUAUUAUAAAAAUAUGAAAGCCACACAAAUAAAUAAAAAAUGUAAAAAAUCUACAACUCGAGAUAUAGUCUUUUUAAAGUCAUGACACUCCAAUUCGAUAUUUGAGAAAUAAUUCACCUAAAAUCAGAAUGAAAUUUUUUUUAAUAAUUUUUAUUUGAUAAGUUAAAAAAAUUAAAAUAACUUGACACGUAUCUGUCAAAUUUUACAGCCGCUGUAAACGGGGUGUAAUAGUAUUUACAUCCCUGGUGGCUUAGAGCUAAAAGCUCCGGGAAUGCAACUGCAACCAACUUAACUUAAAAGUUAAAACAUUUUCCAAGCGCAUUUUAGUUAUAGAAAGUAGUACCCACCCGCCAGGUUAUAACCUACAAAAUUAUAAUAAAACUUAAAU